AAGAGGUCAAUAAAAAUAACGAUACAUUGAUGAUUUGUACGUGUAAAUAGAGAAUUGGUAAAUAAGAACUAAUCUGAAGAUACGGUCGCUAAGUUAAGAUUUUUGCGGAAGUAAAUGAGAACUAAUCUGAAGAUUAUUGAUGCUACUGUCCAUCUCCAGGGGGGGGAGACGGGUAAAGAUAAAUGUGGGAAGAUACGGUCCUAAAUUAGCGCCUAAUAUAAAUGCACCCUUAAUUAUAUCCCUAAUUUGAAUUAUGGUAUAUAAAUGAUAAUUUGACAUUUUUCCUUUUCUUCAUCUGCCAUAAGCAUCUUCACCGCUGUUCCGGCACUUCUGUGGGCUUCUUCUCCGACGACCAAUGUCCGAUCCCAGUUCUACAGCUCAUAUUAAAACUGUGAGGGUUGUGAUUAAAGGGAGAGUACAGGGUGUGACAUAUAGGGGUUGGACAGUAGAUAAUGCGACGGAUUUGGGUUUGAGUGGUUGGGUUAGGAACAGAAAGGACGGCACGGUGGAAGCCAUGUUUUCAGGUAGUUCUGAGAAGGUUCUAGAAAUGGAGCGCCGCUGUUGGGUGGGGCCACCGGCGGCAAAAGUCACCGGCGUGGAUAUUAAUGCUUGUGAUGAAGAUCUGGCCCCGGGUUUUGAAUGUAGGCUAACUGUUUGAUCAAUUGCCUUAUCCAUAAAAUUGUGCUGAAUUUCAUAUAUAACAAUUUUGUUGAGAUCUCUUUAACAGUUGGGACUCUUCUACUUGAAUCGGUUAGAGAAUGUAAUGUGAUAUAUAAUGUAUGUUUAAAUGGUUAAUAUCAUGUUUUCAUGA